GCUAGAGUGUGUUACUAUAUUUUGUCAAAUAAUAGGAACACAAAAUGUUGCGACGCAACUUGCUUGCUUGUGUGAUGAUCAUCACAUCUCUUGCCUUUUCUUUUGUCUAAUUGCAUUAAAAGCUGCUCAUAGUGAUAUGAUGGGCGAAGUUAAUUCUUUCAAGUUUCAACAGGAUUAUUUUUAUUCUUUCUUUUCGUGUGAUUGUUCAUUUUUCAAAACCCUAAUAAAUGUUCUCUUGCCCAAUUUUCUGAUAACUCUCUUUGCAGCUUGAAAAGAAGAGCCCUCCCCCAAAGCAUGCAAUAGUUGAAAUGUUAAAUGACGUCAAUUUUGCUAAUGGAUGGGUGAAACAUACAUGAUACUUGAUACAUGGGUAUCUGAGAACCCUAAAAAAUAAUGUUGUCUUGAUCGAGAUGAACAUCUAGCGGCCCAAAAUGAAUAAUAAUGUAUUAACUUGAAGUCCAUGUACUACCUAGAAUUUUCAUUAAUUUCUUAAUCUCCUAAGCCCUUUAGGAAAUUGGGUAUGAUUUUAGAGUAAACAGUUGGAUUUACAAUUGUCCAAAUUAAAUUUUAAAUUUGGCAUCCAGCUUUAGGUAACCAAUUUGUGGAGCGGGAGCAAGAGCGAGAGAGUGACAACUUUUAGAAAAAAUCACUAAUGAGAGCGCGACGAAAGCGUCAUUAUUAUAUUCAAUUAAAUUAUUUUUAUAACUUACAUAUUAUAUAUUAUAUUAUAGAUUUAUUCAUAAAUUUUGGUUUAUCUCAUAAUAUUCAAAAAAAAUUGCAUCUAAAUUAUUUCUUUAAUAUAGCAUCCAAAUUCUUCUAAUGGAAAAUUAUUUCUUUUGUUUGAGGGCUUGUCCAUGAAUUACUUUACCCUUGCGGGCUCAGCCCGCACCAAAAACUUUCGAAUGGAAAAUUGCAAGCCCACUUAAGUGUUUUAAUUUGAGAUUAUUAUAUGUUAUUGGCCGAUAAUCAUAUUUUUUUAACCGUCAUAUUGACCAACGACUAAUCUUCCAACGAUCAUAUUUCCAAGAACUAUAUUUUUCGUCAUUGAUAAUGUCAUAUUUAAUUAGUGAUGGAAAAAAAUAUGUCCAAAUAAAAAAAAUUAUAUCAAAAAGUUCGUCUUAAUUAAUUAAUAAAUAAAAAUUGUCAAAAUAAAUUUACUAUAUCAACGCUAGAUUGAUUUUGCGAAAAAAAAUACCCUCCCACAAUACCAUCUUUUCCCUCUUACCUAUUAUGGCCAAAUCCAUCCCUCCACCCUUUUCCUCCUCUUUUUCCACCCUUUUUUCCCUUCCACCAUGUGGAUGGUCUGAGCUUUCUUCUCGCACCACGAGUGCAAGUGUGCAACAAUGGCGAAUUCCAAUCUGAAAAUGUUGAUCCUACAUCAAAUACGUGACCCAAACCCCAAAACCAUUAUGCAUGGAUCACAAUUCACAAACACACAAUUAGUAAAUAAAAAAAAUUCCCUUCAUAAGAAGCCAAACAAAUAUAGAACCAAUAGCAUGAACAGGUUUCUUACCUCAACAAGCCCAGAUACCGCGGGGGAGGUUAGUUCGUUAAUGUGGUUUCUUUGGAACGAAAGGAAUAACCAGCAGUUUAAUGGGAAGAAGCUGGAUGAGGAAGAGGUGGCGAUGAGAGCCCAAAACUGGAUUCUAGAGUAUAGACAUGAACAACAGGCAGCGGGAAGAAGAAGGGAGCAAGGUACAAGGAGAAAAUUUUGGCAGCCACCGGGGAUUGGAAUUUUGAAGGUGAAUACGGAUGCAGGGUGUUUGGGAGAGGGCGGAACAGGUCUGGGCAUGGUUGUGAGAGAUUGGACUGGAGCUUUCAGGUAUGCAGCAGCAAAAAGGGAAGCAGUGAAAUGGUGCCCAGCAGUCGCAGAGGGUCGAGCUGUGUUAUUUGCGCUGGAAAAGAUGAAUGAACAACAGAUGGGCCCCUUUGAAGUCGAGGCGGACUGCUUAACAUUGGUGAACACCUUGCGGCAGCAGAGAGUUGAUUUGACAGAACUUGGAGCGGUGUGCGAGACCAUUCUGCAGGCGGAGGGUAUUGAGGACUGUUACACCUGGAAGCAUACUCAUAGAGAAGCUAACGCUGUGGCUCACACUUUGGCACAUGUUCAGAUUGAUUUAAAUCAUUGUAAUAGUUGGAUAGGUAUCUCCCCAUCGUUCCUUUUGAACGAUCUGUACCUGGAUUCUAGCCAUUUGGCUUAAUUAAUAAAAUUACAGGAGGUGCGGUCCCUCCUUUCCCUAAAAAAAAAAAUAUAGAACCAAUAGCUCAACGGAUAAAUAAAUUUUUUCUAAAAAAAAAACCACUUAGUA